CUCAAUUGUUACCGGAAGUGUUUCAUCGGUUAAAGAUGGCGUUUUGUUUUGUUCGGAAAAAUAAAUUUACAUGCAAAUCCACUUAAUUAAAAGCCCGCAAUAUAUUGUAUCCUGGAUGUUGCCGUUAAUAUAGCUACGAGUGUCGUAUAAUGCCAAAUACAGUGAGAAACGUUUUUAAUUUGAGUAAAUCCCUACCAUACGGCAGAUAGCAUGCUAUUUCCGUGGUUAGCAUCGAACAAAUCUUGCAUAUACUCAAAUUCUUCCCAAUAUUUUGUUGAUUUGAAACAAUGCUGGGUUAUUUGGCAGCAAGGAGGGCCGGUCUGGAUGACCCUCUCCGACUCAGGCGCGCGGAAGCGACGAGAAGAGUACUAAGCCUGCAGUUGAAUGCAGACAGAGAUAUGGAAAGAAUCCAUGCAAAUGGUGUCAAUACCGUUGACAUUGAAGUUAUAGAAGGCAAAUACAUGUUGUCUGGAGGUGCCGAUGGAGUGAUUGUCAUCUAUGACCUGGAGAACUUCAGUGGGAAACCGCAGUACACCUGCAAAGCUGUCUCCACCAUUGGCAGGUCCAGCAAGUACGCCCACAAAUUCAGCGUGGAGACAGUCCAGUGGUACCCUUAUGACACUGGCAUGUUUGUAUCUAGUUCCUUUGACAAGACAAUGAGGGUGUGGGACACUGAGACUCUCAAGCCUGCCGAAGUGUUUGAGUUUGAAGGCAACGUCUACAGUCACCACCUGUCGCCGAUCGCCAGGAAGCACAGUCUCAUCGCAGUUGGCACCAACAAUCCUAAAAUACAGCUGUGUGACCUGAAGUCCGGUUCAAAGAUCCACGUCCUGCAGGGUCACAGAGCGGAGGUCCUGUCUGUGCGAUGGUCACCCAGAUAUGAACAUAUCCUAGCCACUGCCAGUGCUGACAGCAAAGUGAGAGUGUGGGAUGUGCGUCGGGCAUCAAGUUGCCUCUUUACGCUGGACCAGCACAACGGAGACAAGUCGAAAGCCGCUUCUGAGGCAGUGAACACGGCCCACAAUGGCAGAGUGAAUGGCCUGUGCUUCACAAGUGACGGCCUGUACCUCCUCACGUCUGGGACCGAUGAUCGCAUGCGAUUGUGGAACAGUGCCACAGGGGAAAACACCCUGGUGAACUACGGGAAGAUAAGCAACAAGAGCCGCAAGAGGCGUCAGUUCACAGUCUCGCAGGGCUGCAGUCCGGAGUUUGUGUUUGUGCCGUGCGGCAGCUCGGUGGCCGUGUACGGCCUCCACACAGGCGACCUGGUCACAAUGCUACGGGGUCACUACAAUCACGUGGACUGCUGCGAAUUCCAUCCCGACCACCAGGAGUUGUACAGCGCAGGUAAAGAUGGUAACAUCCUGGCAUGGGUUCCGGUCCUGCGUUACCCAGAUGUGGAGGAAGAUUCCAAUCCGGUGACACACUUUUUAACUUUCGAAAACGAAAAUAUGUUUCUGUUUGACAUGACAAAUCACCUAUUCACAAGCACGCAAUAGACAUUACCAUUGGUCUAUUUAUUGUAACACAAUGAGAUCCUGAUUUGCUCAGGAAUGUAAAUUGUGACCGCUCUUCGGCACAUGCUGUGCACACACAGGCAAGGCACACUUGCAUCACCACAUUCUAUUUUAUUUCUUUGUGGCUUCAAAGAGCGCCGCAACAGGUUUCGGCCUCCACAUGUGCCAGCUGAGGCUCACAAAACAUCUUCAAGUUCACUUCCUGAAGUCUCAGUUUUAAAAAAAAAAAGGAAGUUAUGCCAGGAACUUUUUGAUGACAAGCCAGGCAACAGAGUGGAGCAUUUAGAGCAGUAUAUAUUACAAUGUAGGACUAAUAUGGAGAAUUGCAGUGAAACAGCAAAAUCAAAAUAGAUAGUAGUAGUUCAAAAAUGAGUCUGUAACAUAGUUUAAUUUUGAUAACUAUGCAGUUUGUCGAUUGAUGGCGAAAAGACAAUAAACAGCAUAAGGCUUGCAAAAUGGGUGAAUUUGAAAUCGCCGUAAAUAGCAAAGCAUUGUCGCCAGCGAUGAUCGUCGCGGCAGGUUAAAUUCCAAUGAAUUGGGGGUAGAUGACGAGCAUAACCUCAAAAUAUCCCCAUCUUUUAAUUUUCACCCACGUCUGCUUUCAAAUCAUGUUCCCUAUUAGUGGGCCAACAAUCCAACACUUGGUGAAAUUUGCUUCACAAUGAUAGUGAGACGUCGAAGGACGCGACGUCGCUAUGAAGGCUUGGCCGCCCGAAGCUUCUAGACACUAGUAGACGCCGGUAUACGGACCGAUCAGAGCCAAGCUGUUUUCCACAUUGGGGAAAUUGGGUGAAUAUAAGCGAUCCAGUCAGAGCAAAGCUUAUUUGCUUACUACAUUUUUUUAAUGCAUCUCAAGAUUCAAAUUAACUUUGCUCGUUGCAUUCCUUAACCGAAGAGCAUUGACGUCCGUAUUAUUGGGAAGCUUUUAUUUUGAAGGUGGCUUUCGCCACGAAUUGGCGAAUUAUUACCAUAAUGCCUAGUAUGAACAAAAUUAAGGGCAGCUGGCUUGAUUGCUACUUUACGAGUGGAGGGUGGCUUGACCGGCGCUACAUACCUACUGGGGGCGUGCCUUUAGCGUCCUCCUUCACGCGCAACCUUCCCCCUUUACGUCCGCAUGCUGUCCUCAGCCACGUCCGCCUUUCCUCUGUGUAAGCAGCGUGUCGGCAGGAAAUGCUCCCAGUCAAGCGGAGCGCUCAUCACACAUCAACAUUUAUAGAUUUUGGAACUCGGUACACUAAUAAGGCGCGCCGCAUUAUAAGGCCCCCCCGUCCAUUUUGGAGAAAGUUUACGACUUUUAAGUGUGCCUUAUGGUAGUGAAAAUACAGUAAUUAAAUGUUCAAACGGUGCAUGGUACUGCUCGGAUAAGCGGAAGACAAUGGAUGGCACUACAAAGACAAGAUAGUUAAUGUUCAAACUGAUAAACUUUAUUGUUCUUAGCAAAUAAUCAUUAACUUAGAAUGUUAUGGCUGCAACACGUUCCAAAAAAGCUGGGACAGGGUCAUGUUUACCGCAGUAUUACAUCACCUUUUCUUUUAACAUCAUUAAAUAAACGUUUGGGAACUGAGGACACUAAUUGUUGAAGCUUUGUAGGUGGAAUUCUUUCCCAUUCUUGCUUGAUGUACAGCUUCAGCUGUUCAACAGUCCGGGGUCUCCGUUGUCGUAUUUUACGCUUCAUAAUGGGCCACACAUUUUCAAUGGGAGACAGGUCUGGACUGCAGGCAAGCCAUUCUAGUAACCACACUCUUUUACAACGAAGCCACGCUGUUGUAACACGUGCAGAAUGUGGUUUGGCAUUGUCUUGCUGAAAUAAGCAGGGGCGUCCACGAAAAAGAUGUUGCUUGGAUGGCAGCAUAUGUUUCUCCAAAACCUGUAUGUACCUUUCAGCAUUAAUGGUGCCUUCACAGAUGUGUAAGUUACCCUCGCCAUUGGCACUAACACAGCCCCAUACCAUCACAGAUGCUGGCUUCUGAACUUUGCAGUCCGGAUGGUUGUUUUCCUCUUUGGCCCGCAGGACACAACGUCCACAAUUUUCCAAAACAAUUUGAAAUGUGGACUCGUUGGACCACAGAACACUUUUCCACUUUGCAUCAGUCCAUCUUAGAUGAGCUCGGGCCCAGAGAAGCCGGUGCUGUUGAUAAAGGGCUUUUGCUUUGCAUAGUAGAGUUUCAAGUUGCACUUACAGAUGUAGCGCCAAACUGUAUUUACUGACAUUGGUUUUCUGAAGCCCAUCCAUCCAUUUUCCGAGCCGCUUCUCCUCACUAGGGUCGCGGGCGUGGCUGGAGCCUAUCCCAGCUAUCAUCGGGCAGGAGGCGGGAUACACCCUGAACUGGUUGCCAGCCAAUCGCAGGGCACAUACAAACAAAAAAAAACAUUUGCACUCACAUUCACACCUAUGGGCAAUUUAGAGUUUUCAAUUAAUGUGCAUGUUUUUGGGAUGUGGGAGGAAACCGGAGUGCCCGGAGAAAACCCACGCAGGCACGGGGAGAACAUGCAAACUCCACACAGGCGGGGCCGGAGAUUGAACCCCGGUCCUCAGAACUGUGAGGCUGACGCUCUAACCAGUCAUCCACCAUGCCGCCGUUCGUGAGCCCAUGUGGCGAUAUCCUUUACACAUUGAUGUCUGUUUUUAAUGCAGUGCCACCUGAGGGAAGGUCACAGGCAUACAAUGUUGGUUUUCGGCCUUGCCGCUUACAUGCAGUGAUUUUUUCCAGAUUCUCUGAACAUUUUGAUCAUAUUAUGGACCGUAGAUGAUGAAAUCCUUAAGCUGCUUGCAAUUGUACGUUGAGGGACAUUGUCCUUAAACUGUUCGACUAUUUUCUCACGGACUUGUUCACAAAGAGGUGAACCUCGCCCCAUCUUUGCUUGUGAAUGACCGAGCAAUUCAGGGAAGCUCCUUUUAUAUGUAUGCCCAAAAAACACACAAGGAAUUUGUCUCCGGUAAUUGGAGCCGAUCUAGUGUGACAACAGACAGUCAAUUGACAGAGAACACUUUUGAGACAUAAAGAUAUUGAGAAAAACAGUCACUGAGCAAUAAUGGGUUGCUAGCUAUCUGAUAAUGCCGGUACAUUUAUUUAUUUAUUUUUUUGGACAAUUGUGCAAAAAGAUGCAGAGUCUUUUAGCACUUAGAGCGGUUCGAAUGACUAAUAUUGCAAUAGUCCGGUGCAAUGACCAUUACAAUAUUGCAAUUAACCUGUUCACCUGUGGGAUGUUCCAUACAGAUGUUUGAUGAGAAUUCCUCAACUUUCUCAGUCUUUUUUGCCACCUUUCACAGCUUUUUUGUAACGUGUUGCAGUUGAUGAUUAUAUGCUAAAAACAAUCAAGUUUAUCAGUUUGAACAUUAAAUAUCUUGUCUUUGUAGUGUCUUCAAUAAAAUAUAGGUUGAACAUGAUUUGCAAAUCAUUGUAUUCUGUUUUUAUUUAUGUUUAACACAACCUCCCAACUUCAUUGGAAUUGGGGUUGUAGAUCCAAAACAGAAACCCAUGAUUACGAGAGUGUUUCUGAACAUUCAUUAAAGAAGUUAGACGUACUGCAAACUGAAUAUUGAGCUGUGUGUCAUUUUACAGAAUGCAGCGGUCAAGUCGUCAGUGAUCCUCACCUUUCAGGAUGCAUGGAGCAGUGAUGAAGACUAAUGAUGCGUCCAGGUUUCACCCCAAUGGCCUAUACAUUAUUAUUUUGAAUACAGUGCUAGCAAAUUGGCAGAUUCAAAGACUGCAGAAAAUCCUUUUGUGAAGGAAUAAUCCUGACAUCAUGGCAUAUUUAGGGAUAAGGAUUGAUUGAUUUGACAUUUUAAAUGUUUUGACAAUGAAAGGACUGGUACGCUUGUGUGAACUGUCAAAUCUUUUAUUGUGUUUUCAUUAUGCCUUUUUCUGCCACCACCCGUAAAUCCAUGGAUGGGAGUGACCUUUAUUGUAAAGCGUUUGUCUUUUGUCAUUCCUGGUGUAAAUUUGCAUCUGUGUUUAUGUUGGAGGCCCUGAUGCUGAAAUUUAUGGCAGGACAAGAGUGAUACCAAGCGAUGCUUCUCUCUCACGCCCUUUUGACACAUUAGUCUUUGUAAAAGUCUUUUUUUUCUUUUUUUCUUUUAUAUUAAACUGGCCUUUUUGUGCAUUUA